UACUCCUAUCCUAGAGGAAAACAUGCUGGGAGGAGCCUUUUGCAGUUGGGGGAAUCUUUAAUGUUUUCUAUGUUUUCCUCUGCUGUACUUUAGCGUUAGUCAGACUGGUCCAGGGAGAGAAGUCAGCUGCUUUCGCUGUAGUUAUUUUCCUGUUGCGUCUUGGCUUUCAGAAAAUAAAUUGAGCAGCCAGUCAGCUGAUAUCCUCUUCAUUGGCUUAUGAUGUAAACUUAGCACUUAUUAGUGACACCUCACUCACCCUUUAAAUAAUAGCAAUAAUAAUUACACUAUUAAUAUCACUUCUUUUCAUGGGAGUAACACAAUGGACUGGACAAUCACUGCUAUGCUAUUCGUGUCAGCACUAAAUGCUGCACUUUGUUUCAAUAUUGAUCCUGUGGCCUGGAAGACCCUGAGGAGCUCUGCUGCUGGUUUUGGCUACCAGGUGGUUCAAAGACAGUCAGAUUUGCUCGUCAGUGCCCCUCUUGAACAGUAUUCACAAAAUGGAAGAGGGAAAAUAUAUAGAUGCUCCGCCUCUGCCCAAAACUGCCAAAACAUACAAUUUCAAGCACCAGAUUUUGCAGUCAACAUGUCCCUUGGGUUGACGAUGAAAAGUGAUCCCACAUCACAAAGGACUGUGGUGUGCGGUCCAACCAUUCCAAAAGACUGCAAUAUUACCACCAUGUACAAUGGUGUGUGCUUUGAGAUGGAUCAUGACAAUAGAUUUGGACCAUCAAUACCUUCCUCUCUUCAAGAGUGUCGAACACAAGCAGACAUCGCCUUUCUGUUGGAUGAUUCAAGCAGCGUAUCUGGUCUUGAUUUUCAAACAAUGAAGACAUUUGUGAAAAAUUUAAUCCGGUCAUUUCUUCCAAGUGACGCACAGUUUUCUGUUACCCAGUUCUCCAGGUCACCACAGGUUCAUUUUUAUUUUAGAAAAUUUUCCUCAUCUGGAUCAAUGGAGACCACCAUCGAUGGACUCAAUAAACUGAGGGGAACUACUUACACAGCUAAGGCCAUCAGACAUGUUGUGGAAAAUGUUUUCACAUCACAAAGAGGUUCCAGACCAAAUGUGAAGAAGGUCUUGAUAUUAAUUAUUGAUGGAGAGUCUCAUGAUCGGAAGGAUCUGGGAGGUGCAGCGAGACUAGCAGAGAGUAAAGAGAUUGUUCGAUUUGCUAUUGGGGUGGGGAAUGCAUUUAUUACACCCGCAGCAAAACAAGAACUGGACACCAUUGCAUCGUCUCCCUCAGACAAACAUGUGUUUCGAGUGGAAAACUUCAACACACUUGAAAUAAUAAGACAGAAUCUGCAAGAUAAAAUUUUCUCCAUUGCAAGAUCUCAAAGUGGUGGAGAGUCACUGAAAAUGGAAAUGUCUCAGGAAGGAUUCAGUGCAGCUUUUGUGCCUGAGGGAAUUCAGAUGUCUAUUGUUGGUGCAAACCAGUGGAAGGGAGGCUACGUGCAGUACACAGCAGGAGGCCAGAAGGUGAAGACAUAUGAUGAUGUGUCUUUGGAGCCUGACAGUUAUCUUGGUUACUCCAUGGCAAUUGCUAAAACCCGACGUGGCUCUCUGACAAUUGUUGGUGCUCCAAGAUAUAAACACAGAGGAGUUGUGGUCGCUGUUUACAGCGAAAGCUUUAGAACCCAAAAGAUUGAACCCUUUUCAUCCCAGUAUCAGACUGGUGAAUAUUUCGGGGCAGAGGUGUGUGCCAUGGACAUAAAUAAUGAUGACAUCACUGAUCUAAUCUUCAUAUCUGCCCCAACGCACACGGAGCCUGAUGGAGAGGGAAGAGUUUAUGUUUGCAGAUUAACUGGUUUGUUUGUCGAGUGUAAUUUUGAUGAUCCGUUAAUACUCAGAGGACAUGCAGCUGUCAAAGGAAGGUUCGGCUCUUCUCUUGCUGUGCUGCCUGAUCUAAACUCAGAUGGAUUCAGGGAUUUGGCAGUUGGAGCACCUUUGGAGAAUGAUGGUGAAGGCAGCAUCUACAUAUUCCAUGGAGAAGGAGGAAGAAUCACUCCUACUUACUCACAGAGAAUUACUGGCUCUGAGGUUCAGUCAGGACUGAAGUUCUUUGGCUUAUCAAUCAGUAAAUUAUCGUUUGACCAGAGUGGUGAUGAACUGCCUGACUUAGCGGUGGGUUCAAAGGGCACAGUUGUCUUACUGAGAUCAAGGCCCAUAGUAAUGGUGAAAGCUGAGGUGUCAUUCAGCCCAAAGCAAAUUCCUACUCAGAAUGUAGACUGCUCAGAAACACUGGAGAACACAGCUACAAUCUGCUUUACCAUGAGCAGAGUGUCUACAGUCAACACAGCUCAAGCAAGGAUUCGUUAUACUUUAACACUGGAUGCCACUCGCAAACCUCCAAACAGCCGAGCUUACAUCAGUGGGAAACAACGAGAGCAGUCCGGAUCAGUUACUGUUGACUUGGGAAGAAAAGAGUGUUCAACUGUGAAAUUCCUUAUUGAGGCCUGUCCAGAAGAUGCUCUCAGUGAACUUUCCAAUGAGCUCAAAUUCGUUUUUGAUGGUUUGCCCUCAAACACAAAUCUCAGACCAAGUCUCGCCCCACAGGCUCAAACAACAACCAUUUAUCCUUUAGGUUUUGAGAUCAACUGUGGCACUGACAACAAAUGCGUUGAUAACCUGAAAGUGGAUUUCAGCUUCACCAGAUCCUCAGAGGUUAAAGUGGGCAUUGAUGAGCUUUUGGAUGUCACAGUCACAGUGGAGAACAGAGGGGAAAACUCCUACAACAGCCGUGUUAUUCUCACGUACCCAGCUGGACUCUUCUACAGGAAGUUCACCAUUCUGCAGGGAAGAAUUGAGUGCAGCUCCUUGGACAGUGAAGAUGGUUUAUCACGAGGAAGCACAGACUGCUCUAUUAAAAAGCUAAUUUUCAAGAGCAAAACUAAGGCUUCCUUCAUUGUAUCCUAUGGGAUUGAAACAAACAGUCAACUACAGAAGAAGAUUUUUGUCACUGCAAAUGCCACCAGUGGAAAUCAGGAGCAUGCUGCUACAAGUGAACUCUACAAAAAGAAAUCGAUUGAUGUGAAAGACAGCAUUUUAAUGACAGUUAUAAACUCCUUCAGCUACAAUAGUUUCACUUCUGGGAGGAAUAAUUUGCAGAAACCAUUCCAACAAUCAAUCACAAUCACAAAUGAUAUCAGAGCGCUUAAUUUCACAGUGGUGAUCAGAGUUCCAGUGAAGCUCGGUGAAAAAGACAUUUGGGUGGAUUUGAACAGUCUACAGAUUGCAGAGUGUCAGGGAGACAAUGAUGAAGAACCACUUGAGAAAGAUUUUGUUGCCCAGAUACUAAAAAAUAAAGUAGUGGACUGCUCUGUAGCCAGGUGCAGAGUGUUCAAGUGCAACACAUUGAUGGGAAUACGGGAGAGCAGGACAUAUGAAAUCUCUGCCAACCUCAGUUCAGGAUGGAUAGAGCAGAUUGGACUUCAGUCUGCCAAAUUCCUCUUGACCAGCACAGCCAGUCUGGAGUAUGACAAAAACCAGUACAUCUACUUUUCAACAGGGUCCAACAUUAUUCUUCCUGUUCAUAAGAUUGAGGCAAAGGUAGAAGUGUAUCCUGAGCAAAAUUUCACCAAAGAGAUCGUUGGAGGAUCCAUGGGAGGGUUGGUUUUUGUGGCUUUACUCACUGCUGGCCUCUAUAAGGCUGGAUUUUUCAAGAGUAAAUACAAACAAAUGGUGAAAGAAAGCAGGAGGAGACGUCCACGUCCAGACCCAGAUGAAGGUGCAUCUCCAGCAGAAUGAAAAAAUAUUUUACCCCACUGACUGCAGCUGACAACAAAACAAAACCAUCUCAACAUCUACAUUACUGUUUUCCCUGAUUAGUUCAUCUGUACUAUACCUCAUAUUUGUAGUUUAGAAGAAAGAUACAUACAUAUAUACAUACAUGUUCGGUAUGAGUGGGGGAGGGAUUAGUGGCUGGUGUCAUUGUGUGAUGUAAUAUCCAGGCAGCAUAUACCCAUCAUCUCGCUCUCUGUAGCCAUUUAAUUUUUUUUUAACAUGCUUUUGAAUAGAUGUCCUCUGUUUCCGAUCGUUCAGCAAUGAGCACAGAGCAAUGAACCAACUUGAAAUUUCUGGUCCAGUUUGGGAAAACUGUCAGAAGCACUAGGAAUGCUGCUGCAAGUGCAUGGAGAUGUGUUUUUGAGUGGUGGAAGAGGUAAAUCAAAAACUAACCACACCUAUCAGGGCUGUAUGGGGACUACAAGAAGUAAUCAAGUACAAAUGCUUCGAUACUGCACUUAAGUAGAAUUUUCAGGUAUUUGUACUUGAGUUUACCACUAAAGCUCCGUUUAGCUUUGGGAUCUUUGGGACAUUUUGUGUCAUUUUAUUUUUUAUUUACAUGCCAUUUUGUCUUUGCUGAAUGAACAAAAAAAAAACUGACAAAACUGACACAUUUGAUCUUUGGGACAAAAUAUGUCCCAUUGAAAACCAUUAAAAAUGACAUGUUUGAUCCCACAUUUUUCUUUCCAUCAACUAAUGCAUUCUUUUACAUUAAGAUUCUAUUUUGGAGUAUUUGACUUUCAGUGUUUGUAUUUGUCCACCAAUUGAGGCUACUUUUUACCAUUCAAAUCUACUGAAAUAAGAUUUUUGGAAGGGGGCAUUUUUUUUUUUAUUCAUAGGAUCACGAGUGUAAGUUUUUUGUUUUGUUUUUUGUUUUGUUUUUUUUUUUAAACCUGAUACUGUAGGAAAACUAAACUAAGAUGUUAAUCACUGACUCAUCUUAGGCCUUAAUAAAAAUAAAAAUAAAAUACUUUUCAAAAUGCAUUUUAUGGGAAUGAUUUUAGUUUUGUUGUUUUGGUCAAAACAAAGGUGGUAUGUAAGAAUACUGGCCUUUAAAGGGUUAAAAUCCCUCCAAAAUAUGUAAUAUUUGAUAUAUUUAUUACAGGCUGAAGUAGUUUUAAAAGACUGAAUCAUUUAAAGUGGAAAAAAAAUAUUACUUUAUAAUAUUUUUACAGCAGUUUUUGGGAAGGGGACGUUUUUGUUGUCCGAAAGAUCACAAAUGUAAUUUUUUUGUUUAUCACGCUUUCUGUUUUUUAAUAUGGUGAUUCUGUUUUUAACAUGU